AUGGAACUCCAAAUAAAAACCUCAAUUACAAAAAAAAAAAAAAGAAAAAAAAAGAAAAGAGAAAACAAAAGGGGGUCGUAUCCCUCUUCUCCCCUCACCCGACCUCCCGAAACCCUAGAGUGGCCCUCGCUCUCCUCCUCCUCCUCCGACGUAGCCUCUUCCCUGCAUCGACCUCACAGGAACGCCUCAGCGUCGACUUCUUCUCUCCCUCCCCUCUCCUCCCCCUCUCCGAGCUCGAGCUCCGCCUGGUGCGGUGGAUAUCUCUUUGUUGAAAUUUAUGCCGUGGGGGCUUCCACGAUCCCUUACUUCUUAAGGUUUUCUACGGCGUCGCCAUGGAGGCGGCGGCGGCCGCCGAGCCCGUGCGCUCCUCCCCCUCCACCGCCGCAGCGGCCCCACGGCCGCCGCAGCAGAGGCGGCGGCGGCGGCGGCGGCGCGGCGGAGGAGCAAGUCCGCGUGCGGCGGCGCACCCUAGAGGCGGUGCUCGAGCAGUGCCAGAGAACGCUCGAGAUGCUUAAGAAUGCCGAUCUCGAACCCGAUCCUGACGCGGGAGACGAGAUUGGGAGCAAGGGUUCAGCGGGGGAAGAGGAGGAGGAGGAGGAAAAGGAAGAGGAGGUGCGAUUGCGUACCCCAAGCUCCGUCGAUUACGAAACCGACGAGUUUGUUCGAGAUCGCGAAAUUUUUCUUGGUAAAAAAGCAAUAACCCUGCUUAUGCAGAGAACAUUGCUGGUAUCUGGCAGACGGUUCCGUCGCCGUCGACGGCACGGCGCUCUUCGCCACGAGAGACUGGAUUUUGGUCAAUACAUAAUUAGCCGCAUGAUCAAAGGAGAGGAAAUUGCAUAAUGCCCCUGAACUCGAACAAAAAUGUACAAGAUCUGCAAACAGAAGCCACUAAGUUUUCAGCUUAGUGGAUAUUUUUACAGGGAACUUUCUCGCUUCAUAGCAGCUGGAAAACUUCCUUGCAAGAUCAACAAAGUCGCCGACAUUCUAGAAACUAACCGACCUGACGCCAGAAAUGCUUUCUACUGGGCAACUAUCAAGCAAGGCGAUUUCUUUUGUCCCUUAAACUUAAUAUGGUGCUGAAAUUUCCUUUCACUUAAUAUGGUGCUGAAAUUUUCUUUCACUUAAUAUGGUGCUGAAAUUUUCUUUCAUCUUUUCAUACAUCUCUCUAUGAAGCUCCUUAUCUGCAAAUUCAGUUGACAUUUGUUUGGACAGAAAUUUCUGGGUCGAUGGGUAUCGAUUUGAAUUAUUAUAUUCCUAUUUAUUUGGACUUGAUAUGGUUAAACUAUACGGGUCAGUAUCUGCAUCUAAACUUUUAUUUUCUUUCUCUAUGAAGCUUCUUAUCUGCAAAUUCAGUCUUAAACUUAAUAUGGUUGUUGUUUCUGAUAAAGUGAUACAAUAUUAAAUGAUACAAUGUGUCCUAGUUUUUUGGUUCUUUUGUUGUUCUCUUUUUAUUGGUGCCAUAUGCUUCAUGAGUUGUGGUAAAUUAUUUAGUGCAAUAGAUUGGGGAGCCACCAUCUUAAUUACUACUUGUAUACGAAAUGAAGAUGCAUGCAUUAAAUUGCAUUUUGAGUCUGAUAAUCUGCCACUUUUAAAAUAUCUUGCUCAUUGUUGGAUAAUGCCUUUUUUUAAGAUUAAAUGAUUAUCUAAUACUAGAAAAUUUAUUCGUUUAGGUUUCAGACGCAUCUAGCGCUCGUAAUAUGCAUCAAUAAUCUCGUUGCCCUUCAGGUUCAACAUCUUAAUUGCCGAGCACUAAGACUGGAUUUGAUAUGAUAUUAUUAGUUUUUGUUUUUAUUUCUCUUUUUCUUGGGUUAAAAAGCUAGAAAUUGUUGUUACUGUGAUUUAUGACUAAAUACUCAUUUAAAGAUAUAUGGAUAGUACUUUGAGAUAUUUUAGUAUUAAUUAGUAUGACUACAAAACUUCUUUUA